GAUUGGCAUCAUGUUCUCGGCAGUCUGCUGCGGGACCAGGACAGACAGCUGAAGGAGGGGGGGGGCAACUGAAUGUCCGACCCCAACAAUCCGUGGAUCACCGCGAACUCACGCGCGCGACCUCCAGGUCUUCGCUGCGUACUGAUGAGUAGCCUGUAGGACUGGACUGCACCAAUUGCUACAGUUCAGUGGGUCGGAUGUGCCUGAGAAGAACACGGACAUAGGUGGAGACUAGAAAUCAUAGCUACUACUACUGGUGGUUUACCCGAGGUUUGACAUAGCGUACUUGUGGAGGUAGGAAAGACAAAAGAAAGGAGGAGGACCGGGCUAUGGUCACAACCAUGGACGAUCCCUGUCAGAAUGGGGUACAGGAGGAGGUGACCUCAGGACAACCUGCUGCGGAGAGGCCCACAGAUUUGCAGUCCUCCCAGGGAGCAGAGACGUCUGGAGCCAUGCAGCAGGCGGAGGAUAAUGUGGGUGAGGGGCCCACUUCCACAGGCGUGAAAGACAUCGACCUGCUUUUUCUGCGUGGCAUCAUGGAAAGUCCAAUUGUACGCUCCCAUCCUCAGGCUCAGGAGCCGCAGGAGGAUGUGAAGCUGGAAGCUGUGCAGGACAACAACGUGGAGCUGGUGACAGAGAUCCUGGGCGACAUCAGCAGCCUCAAGGUGAAAGAUGACAGCGCAACUGAACUGUCUAGGAUACUCAAGGAGCCCCACUUCCAGUCCCUUUUGGAGGCCCACGACAUGGUGGCAUCAAAAUGCUAUGAAGUACCUCCACCAACUGAGACGGGCAACGACGCAGCAGUGAACAGCGCGCUCAUGCAGGCCGACGCCGUCCGCAUGAUCGGCAUUCGAAAGAAGGCCGGCGAGCCGCUGGGUGUGACUUUUCGGGUGGAGAAGGACGACCUGGUCAUCGCCAGGAUCCUCCACGGCGGCAUGAUCGACAGGCAGGGAUUGCUCCACGUGGGUGACAUCAUUAAAGAAGUGAAUGGCAAGGACGUCGGCAACAACCCCACGGAGCUGCAGGAGAUGCUGAAAAACUGCAGCGGCGGGAUCACGCUGAAGAUCCUCCCCAGCUACAGGGACGCUCCUGCACCUCCACAGGUGUAUGUGCGGCCGUACUUUGACUACGAUCCGGCCAGUGACAACCUGAUCCCCUGUCGAGAGGCGGGGAUGGCCUUCAAGAGAGGCGACAUCCUUCAGAUCGUCAACAGGGAGGAUCCCAAUUGGUGGCAGGCGUGUCACGUAGUGGGUGGUGCAACGGGACUAAUACCCAGUCAGUUCUUGGAGGAGAAGAGAAAAGCAUUUGUCCCUAGAGACUUUGACGGCUCAGGAAUCCUCUGUGGCACCUUAGCUGGGAAAAAGAAGAAAAAGAUGAUGUAUUUAACAGCCAAGAAUGCAGAGUUCGACAGACACGAGUUGCAGAUCUAUGAGGAAGUAGCCAAAGUCCCUGCGUUCCAGAGAAAGACGCUGGUCCUGAUCGGUGCUCAGGGGGUGGGCCGACGCAGCCUGAAGAAUCGACUGAUGGUCCUCCACCCCACACGCUUUGGGACCACUAUACCAUAUACCUCGCGGCGGCCCCGUGACGAGGAGCUGAGCAGCAACACCUAUCACUUUACCUCACGGACGGAGAUGGAGGCGGACGUCAAGGCCGGCCGCUUCCUGGAACACGGCGAGUACGACGGCAACCUGUACGGCACGAAAAUCGACUCCAUCCACGAGGUGGUUGCCGCGGGGCGCACCUGCAUCCUAGACGUAAACCCCCAGGCUUUGAAGGUCCUGAAGACAGCAGAGUUCAUGCCCUACGUGGUUUUCAUCGCAGCGCCUGAUUUUGAUACACUCAAAGGCAUGCACAAAGCGGUGGUGGAUGCAGGCCUCACAACCAAACAGCUCACCGACGUGGACCUGAGGAAGACGGUGGACGAGAGCGCCCGCAUCCAGAGGGCUUACAACCACUACUUCGACCUGACCAUCAUCAACGACAACCUGGACAAAGCCUUUGAGACGUUACAGGCCGCCGUGGACAAACUGUGCGCCGAGCCUCAGUGGGUCCCAGUCAACUGGGUUUAUUAAGGACCAAAAGCAGCGAUCUUAAGCGUUUUCUGACCAAAAAAAAAAAAAAAAAAAAACGGCCAAUGGAGAGGACAUGGAGGAGACACUACUGAAUAUCUGAUUGUUCUUUCUCCUCCUAGACCUGCACACUGUGCACCUCCUUUUCUCCUCGAAAACUCGAAGGGAAAGAGAUGCCGAUGUAUUUUCUAACUUUCUUUUUUUUUAUGAAAAAUGUUUAUACCCAGUGAGGACUCGAGCUGAUAAUUAUUCAAACUUAUGGUCAUGCAUUUGGGCCGGUUUUGCUUUCCAUUUAAUUUAUUGUUGUAGUUCUUAGUGUUGCAGAUGGCUUUGUAUCGCCAGUCUUCCAUCCAUGACGCGCAAGAUUCAUCGGCACCAGGAAGAGGACCGAGCAGUCGUUGCCAUGUCUGAACAGCCGUUUUUCUUCCUCCAUCUGAAUUGAACUCAUUUGCUUUGAUUUCUUUUUUCUUUUUUUUUUCAAGUAAUACAUCAGCCUCCAUCCACCAGCUGGAUCAAGGACUAAUCCAGCAGUUAAGAAGGAAAUAAAAACAAGUUUUAAUUUCCUUUUUACAGGGAUCAAACUCUUCAUCUGGUCUUUCUGUGUCAUAAUUUUCUUUUCUAUCAGUGUUGUGAUUAAUAGUCUGUAGCGUUUGAUCAGAUGUGACCUCAGUUUCAUUUAUUUUUUACCUGAAGCGUGUCACUUUGUCAUUGUCCAGCGUCUUCACAAGCCAAUCUGUUCAUGUUGUGUUUUUAUAAAUGUGACUCACUCUGUCCCUUUUGUUCAGCGACUCCAAUUUCCUCCCCGAUCCCUGGAUCUCGACUGAAACCGAUGCAGUCAGAUCCGACGAAGCGAAAACCGUGAAACUGUAGCGUUUUUUUCUCCCGCGUCGUCGUUUAAGCAUCAACACAAAGUAAUUGACUUGUUUGAGGAAUUUGUUUGCACCUCAGAUAAGAGCUAAAUUACCUCAUAUUAAUGUUUCAUAGUCAUUUUUUCACAAUGUUGAGUUUUAUUUGCAUCAGCCUUGCUGCGUGAUUGAAUCGACCCACAGUGUGUGUUUUUACAUUUUUAUUAGUAAAGUUCUAAUUAAUAAAGUUUAUCAGAUCUUA